UGAGAGAGAGAGACAGAGAGAAAGCUCUUCCUUUUUCUGUUGGUUCACCCCCCAAUGGCUGCUGAGGCCUGUGCGCUGUGGCCGGUGCACCGCGCUGAUCCAUAGCCAGGAGCCAGGUGCUUCUCCUGGUCUCCCUUGUGGGUGCAGGGCCCAAGCACUUGGGCCAUCCUCCACUGCACUCCCUGGCCACAGCAGAGAGCUGGAAUGGAAGAGGAGCAACCGGGACAGAAUCCGGUGCCCUGACCAGGACUAGAACCUGGUGUGCCGGCGCCGCAGGCGGAGGAUUAGCCUAUUGAGCCACAGCGCCGGCCUAAAUAAAUAAUCUUUUAAAAAAACACUUUAAAUCAUAAUCUCUAAGCACUAUAUUUGUACUUUUGGGAGACACAUAUUAAUUGAAGCCAAGUUUUAAAAUGCAUUAAUAUGGAAAUUGCCUUGCAACCAUAGCUCCAUGCAACACUGCAGGGGGAAAGAAUGAAGAGUUUUUGCUAAAUAAUUAUGUCACACACUCGUUUUGCAAAUUUAUUGAGCUCCUAUUAUGUGCCUAGCAUAUUGCCAAGGCUAUUCUUUUUAUCUAUCUACCUACCUACCUACCCACCCACCUACCUACCUACCUACCUAUCUAUGGGCAGAGACAAAGAGGAGAGCUCCCAUCUGCUGGUCCACUCCCUAAAUGCCUGCAAUGGGAACUGAAGCCAGGAGCUGGGGAUUCAGUCCAGGCUCCCACAUGGGUGGAGGGAAUCCAACUGUUUGCACCAUGACGGUUGCCUCCCGGGAUUGGCAUUAGCAGGAAGCUGAAAUCAGGAGCCAGAGCCAGGAGUUGAACCCAGACACUCUGAUAUGGGAAUGGGUAUCUCAACUGGCAUCUUUUUUUUUUUUUUAAAGAUUUAUUUAUUUAUUUGAAAGGCAGAGUUACAGAGAGGAAGGGAGGAAGAGUGAGAGUGAGAGAGAGAUCUUCCUUCCACUGGUUCACUCCCCAAAUGGGCUGAUCUGAAGCCAGGAGCAAGGAGCUUCUUCUGGGUCUCCCAUAUGGGUGCAGGGGCCCAAGGACUUGGGCCAUCUUCUACUGCUUUCCCAGGCCAUAGCACAGAGCUGGAUCAGAAGUGGAGCAGCUGGGACUCGAACUGGCACCCAUAUGGAAGCUAGCAUUACAGGCUGCAGCUUUACCCACUAUGCCACAGCGCUGGCCUCUCAACUAGCAUCUUAACUACUAGGUCAGAUUCCCACUCCAUACCACAUUUCACAAAGCAAUGUAGCAUGAGAUUAUGAAACAUUUUUUGGAUCAAUUGAAUAAUUUGUCUCUUAGAUAUAGGCAACUGAAGAAUUUCCCCCUGAAUAUUUAUAAUAAACAAUAUAUCAUAUUAGCAGGAAAUUGUUCUGAUAGAGGCAGUAAAACGGAAUUGAAAGCAUUAUUUACAAAUCAAUUAUGCCAUUUAAUUUGACCAAAUGUGAGUCCAGCAUAGCCCCUGAACUCCUCUCAUAAUCACACAUUCUGCUUUACAUUUGUUUCAAAAGAAUUUGAUAUUUUGAGUCUGCAUGCUAAGAGGUGACAGGAAAUGGAAGUUGAGAUCAUUGUGCUUAUCCUGAGCAUUUUGGAAAUCAAGGAGAGACUGAAUGUUACUAUUGUGUAUACAGCCCAUGGAUCAGAGGGAGUAUGUGUUGCAAAAUAGGCAGCAAAAUUUGGACAGAAUCCUUGCCAACAAGUUCCAAAUAACCAAUAGGUAAUAUCUAUGGGUGGUGUCUUUGAUGCCAAAAGCCUGUAUUUUCCUCUCUGGGAAUUUGACAUGCAGAUAAGGACAAAUUGUUCAGUUGAUCCCACUGUACUGUAUGAUUUUAUCUCAAGUCCUCUGACUACUAAUAUAGUCUUAUAAUUUGGUGUUUGUUGUUGUUGUUAGAAAGAAUGUAAGCAACACUUUUCUUUUUUUCCAUAGUAUUUGGAAAAGCAAUCCAAGCUCUAUCACGAAUUAGUGACUACCUGUGGCUUGACCCAUCUGAAAAAGGUGUAAGUAAGAAAGUUAAGUAAAAGACGAUGCAUUAAGCCAAGAGGAGAUUAAAGAUCCCAGUCCAGCUUGCUCUAAGAACUCUGAAUUCUUCUGAGUCAUCAUAUGGUUCUGUCCUGUUCUCACCUGUGUUUUUCCAACAUUAUCAGUGGUCUCCAGUGAAAAUGAAUGAUAAUGGCACAGCAUUGCAUUUAAAUUGCAAAUUGGGAAUGAAGUCAAUUCUGCCCAUCUUUAGAUAUCCGAACUCUCUUGAAAGAAAUGUAGAAAAGUGCAAAAUAUUCACCAGAUCUGAUAAAUGCAAAGUAGUUAUUCAGUUCUUCUGCAGACAUGGUAUUAAAAGAACGCAUAACGUGCAUUUUCAAGAAAGUAUGCCUGUGCAAGUUAUUUUUGAAAAGAAUAUGUGUACUAAUACACUAAUGAUUCAACCAAGAUUGCUUGCCGAGGCAAUUGUUCUUUUUACACCGAGUCAAGAGGAAGUUACUCUGGCAGUUACUCCGCUGAAUUUUUGCCUGAAGAGUCCUCAUGAGGAAUCAAUGGAUUUGACCAACUCUGUGUACAGUGAGAUGUUUGUUGGCCCAGAUGAGUUUGACUUCUUUCAGAUUGGAGUGGAUACGGAAAUAACAUUUUGCAUCAAAGAAUUGAAGGGGAUGCUGAUAUUUUCAGAAGCUACACAUGCUCCUAUAUCCAUUCAUUUUGAUUUUCCUGGGAAACCCAUGGCUUUAAGUCUCGAUGAUAUGUUAUUGGAAGCAAACUUUAUUCUGGCUACGUUGGAUGACGGUCCCAGCAGGGCAUCCUCGCCACAGUCAUCACUGUGUCUUUCACAGACAGGAGGCAGGUCAGAUCUGAUACAGUCAAACUCCGAGGCCAGUAAAAAUGUAACCAGCCAGGUCUCAGAGAAUAUCUCAAGAAUAGCAACCGAAAAAUUUCAUCCCCAUGUGACUUGCACACACAUCUCUACGUUGGAAAACCGUGGUAGCCCUGUCAUGACAGGGGUGAACGCAGACAUCAGUGAAGUUCCAGAGAGCAUUGUCAGUGACACAGAAGAAGGGCCAGGCUGUUCACACCUCAGGAAGUUCUCCUGCAUGUUCUUUGGAGCCCUUUCCUCUGACCAGCCAGAACACAUCAGUCACCCUCUGGACAACGUGGCAACAGCCAGCGACAGCGAAGAGGACACACAAAAUGGCAGUUCCUUCUUAUUCUAAAGCGAUGGAAGCUAAGCCAGCCCCGCCGUCACUGGCCCGCGGGCGCCUCCGCAGUGUCUAAGACCUUGGCCUGGACUUCUGGAGACGGAUCCACGACAGCAUCUGGUACAAGCUUCCCCACAAAGCCGCAUGUCAAGGGGACGCGCUUUGCUUUGCCGCCAUCACGCUACCUGGGAGGCGUGGCUGCUUUCUGUGUGGACAAAAAGCCCAGAGUUCAAGCCCCACCGGGAGCUGCCGGUCACCUGUCUUUUGUAUUUGACUGCAAGCAUUCAGGUUUGGGCGCUGUGGUGUUUUCCUUUUGAACAUUGUUCCUUAUAGUCUGAGACUUUAAGUAAAAUAACCUGCGCGCGGGGGGGGGGGGGCGGUGUCUAAAAAAAAAAAAGUCUCUCCCUCACUUUGCAGUCUUUCUCUGUAUUGUAAAAUUUUGAUCGCAGCCUAAUUGUUCUGACUUACCAGAUGUGAUUUUUUAAAUCUUCGGUGUGAAUUUUUUUGUUUUUAUUUAUUUACUUACUUUAUAGAAAGCUUUUAUUUAAUAAGUAUAAACUUCCUAAGUACAGCUUCUGGAUUAUAGCAGUUUCGGUGUGAAUUUGACGCAAGUGAGGCCAACACUUCCGUGUCAUGCGACACCAGACAGCGACCUCCUCCUGCCAGGAGAGUUUGGGAACGGAGCAGAGCGAGUGGCAGGCGAGGUCUGUCCUUUGUCUCAGCUUCUCACCUGCACAGACUACAAAACAGUUAUGUAACAGGCUACGGUGUGCCUCCCCCUCCCCCAGGCCUGUUUACAGUCAGCUGUAACCCGACAGCCGAGACUUACUAACGUCUCACUGUUAAGUCUUUGUGAAAGCAGCAAACCGUCAGGAAGUGGCAAACGACUGGACUUCACUCUGCAAAAUUCCUAAGGCGGCUGAUUGGAUCGGUACGCUUUAGGGCUGAAACAGAACGAAUCUGGCUCUUGGAGCUUAGUAAUGAGUCAUAGCUACCCACAAUAAUCUAAUAAAAACGCAAGUUCAUCCCAAGAUGUUCCUCAGUGAAUGGAAAUGGGCUUUCACCAAGCUCUGUGUGGAAACUGGCAAGGCCCACGUAAUUUCAGUGACGCCCUCCACACGGUAGGCUGCAGCCUGCUGUAGCUUACUCCUACGACGGAUCACGGACGCAGGUGACUCCACGGAGAACUUGCGGGCACCAGAGUGCCUCAGUGGAUCUUAAUGAGGACGAAGUUUUUGGUUUGCUCAUCAAGUUGUGGGGUUUAAGUGGUGAAGGCACAGCUGGGAUACAGAGGCCCUGUUCCGUAUGCACUGUGGACUUCAGAGCUUGGACACCAAAUGCGAAAUUCACAGAGACCGCACUUUCGGGGGGCAGCUUUACUCUAAACCAUUUCAAAGGUGUAGAUCCUGGAAAGCCUAGGUGAUUUAUAUUCAGUCCCCAGCCAUUUUGAUGCAUGGAAGAAAUGGGCCGGGGGAAAAGAGCCACAGUGGCUCAAGUGGGAAAGCUGGACGGGAGCAGCUGGGAAGUGCGGUCACCACGAGCCCCAGAGUCCUUGAGACCACCGGGCGCAAUGGCAAGGCCUGUGUCUUGGCCACUGUUCAAACCAAAAGAAGUACACAGAUUAGUAUAAAUACUAUUAUUUAUUAAAUAUCUUUACAGUUUAUUUAAAUGUAUUUACAGAACUAUUCCUGCAUAAGUUAUAAUAUUUCAGACAUCCAAUUCAGGUAAUUGCCUCUUGGGUAAGACAAGUAAUGAUAGUCUCAACAGAAAAAAGCAGCUCAUUAGUACACAGACUCCAACUGGCUUCAUUAUUUAGCCAUCUUUGCCACAAACUACCUGCUACGUUAAAAUGUUGACAUGGACACUCUUGAGAAGUUGAAUUUUGCAAAUAUUUUUACAAAUUGAAUCCAAAUACUUUCUGCUUCUAUGCUUUGUUUUAUUUUUUAUGCUUUGUUUUCUAAGCAGAUUUGUUUGGAAUCUGUAAAACUUGUUAAGUGCAAAAACGUGAUACAGUUUCCAGAGAAACUGAAUGCCGUGGCUUCCACCAAAGAUAGCUGGUAUAAGGUGUCAAGGAACCUUGAACUCAUCCAAAAGUACAGACAUUUACAGUUCCAGCCAGUCCUGUUCACAGUCUCCAAAACCACUCCAAACUUCUCCCCUCCUGCGGUGUUCCUUGGUGUGGCGGGCUGGUGGCACUGAGUGAUUCCCGUCCCGCGGCCGCUGACGGGCGACGGCACACUGCCAUCACGCAAGGCUUGAAAUUUGAGUUUCUAAUCUAGACAGAGCCCAGCCCCCAGACAUGCACACCUGGAAUGGAUUCUUUGUGAUUGAGUACCCAUCAACCAUGUCAAGUGAGUCCAGUAAUCAGGACAAAUCGCUUGUUUUCCCCUUCAUUUCUUCUCUCCGUUUUUAAGAGCCUAGGGACUCUACUUCAUCUCCAUUUGGUAAAUUUUGUUUUUGUGCGCAGGCAGCUUAAGUUCAUAGGAAGAAAUAAGGUUCUGAUAUGUUUAGAGUGCACAUUUUAAAACAGAACAAAAUAAAAAUUUCAAGCAUGUGAUAAAAAUAUUGAUUUUUUUAUAAUACAGUAUUGCUUUAUAAAUAUAGAUGGAAAAGCUAUAAACUUUACUGGUCUUUGGUGCAUCCAGAGGGAUAGAUAAUUUGCCAUUUGUAAAUUAGAAAUCCAGAUUUUCUCUUUUGUUAUAAAAGUCCAUUAUGUGAGGCAAAUGUGUGUGUUUACACUGCUUGCUUGAAAACACAAUUGACACACACACUGAGUUCAGAAUCACAGCCGCCAAGUGGUGUAGCUCUGUCACGCCGUGGAAGCUUGGGUCUGUGACCUGGGAAAAUUCUGUGGGUCCCACAUAGCCUCUGGCCA